GGGGCCAAAGGGUAGGCCGUUCCUCUCGGAAGUAAACGCUGGAGGACUCUAGCCAUGGCGGGAGCUGAGUGGGAGUCGCUGGAGCAGUGCUUGGAGAAGCAUCUGCCAUCCCAAGACUUGCGGGAGGUGAAGCGAGUUCUUUAUGGCAAGGAGACCAGGAAGCUUGAUCUGCCCAGCAGAGCUUUCGAAGUUGCCUCGGAAGGAAACUUUGAACUACAGGGAUAUGCCUUUGAGGCAGCCAAAGAGCAGCUGAGACGCCCCCAGAUCGUGCGUGUGGGGCUAGUUCAGAACAGAACCCCCCUCCCUGCGGAUGCCCCUGUGGCAGAACAGGUCUCUGCCCUUCAUAGACGCAUAGAGGCCAUUGCCGAGGUGGCUGCAAUGUGUGGAGUCAAUAUCAUCUGUUUCCAGGAAGCAUGGACUAUGCCCUUUGCUUUCUGUACGAGAGAGAAGCUUCCUUGGACAGAAUUUGCUGAGUCAGCAGAGGAUGGGCCCACCACCAGAUUCUGUCAGAAGCUAGCAAAGAAGCAUAACAUGGUGGUGGUGUCCCCCAUCCUGGAACGAGACAGAGAUCAUGGGAAUGUUCUGUGGAACACAGCCGUGGUGAUCUCCAAUUCUGGAGCAGUCUUGGGAAAGACCAGGAAAAACCAUAUCCCUAGAGUGGGAGAUUUCAAUGAGUCAACCUAUUACAUGGAGGGAAACCUGGGCCAUCCUGUGUUCCAGACCCAGUUUGGCAGGAUCGCAGUAAACAUUUGCUAUGGGCGACACCACCCUCUCAACUGGCUCAUGUACAGCAUCAACGGGGCUGAGAUCAUCUUCAACCCCUCAGCUACCAUUGGAAUACUCAGUGAGUCCCUAUGGCCAAUUGAGGCCAGAAAUGCUGCCAUUGCCAAUCACUGCUUCACUUGUGCCAUUAACCGAGUGGGCCAGGAUCGAACCCAGUGUCUCACACAUACUAGGAGCACUUCCCCAAUGAGUUUACCUCUGGAGAUGGGAAGAAAGCUCACCAUGACUUUGGCUACUUUUAUGGCUCAAGCUAUGUGGCAGCCCCUGAUGGCAGCCGGACUCCUGGGCUCUCCCGUAGCCAGGACGGGCUGCUGGUGGCUGAGCUCAACCUCAAUCUCUGCCAGCAGAUGAGUGAUGUCUGGAACUUCAAGAUGACAGGCAGAUAUGAGAUGUACGCGCGAGAGCUUGCGGAAGCUGUCAAACCCGACUAUGUCCCCACCAUCGUGAAGGAGUAGAUGUCUUCUGUCCCCAUUAGAUGAGCAAGUGGGGCAGGCUUCACACAUCCAAGUUCUCCCUAAUUAUGUUACUGUCCAAAUGGAUUUUUAAAUGCCACAGCAGGAGUAAGGUGGAAUUGGAAUGACUGCUAAAUGGGAACAAGGUUUCCUUCUGGGGUGAUGGAAAUGUUUGGGGACUAGAUAAAGGUUAUGAUUGUGAAUAUAUUAAAUACAACUGGAUUGCAUACUUUAAA